CGUGGACGCUGUUCAAAUACUAAUAUUUCCAUUCUUCUUCCAAUUCGUCUCGCGAGUACUCUGUGUCUCAGAGUCACAUCAUGAGCGUGCCGAAACGUUGGAUCGGCCUGGCACUAAGCAUAGUAGCCUCCAUAGUCCUGUACUAUCAUCCGGUUUCCUGGUUCUCGAUGUCAAAAAGAGUUGUUGUUUUAGGUGGAGGUGUUGUGGGUCUGCAGACAGCAGUCGAUCUGCUUGAAGCUGGAUAUGCAGUCAAUGUGAUAUCGAAACAUCUUCCGGGUGAUAUAGAUCUGAAUUACCCUUCCCAGCAGGCUGCCGCCACAUGGGCUUCUGAUGAGCCCGUGGUGGAUGCUGAAACGAAACGGUGGUAUGAGGAAGGAUACAACCAGUGGGAGGUUAUGUCCCAAGGCGACGAGUUUGAGUCUGCAGGUGUUGCUAAACGACCAUGUUUUCGAUAUUGGGAAAAUCCACCAGAGAAUCUCGUCAAGGGCGGUUCGUCAGCACUUUGGCACUCAGAAGGAGUAUCAUCUUUUAGGAUUCUGACGUCGGAAGAGCUGCCGUCGGGGGUUGGCUUUGGUACAACCUUCACAACCUUCUGCGUCAACGCACCGGCGUAUCUUGAAUACUUUCAAUCCCGGAUUCUUGCGUUAGGUGGAACUAUCAAGCGUGCGACUCUCCCUGUCGACAAGGGUCUGGAAGAGGGAUUGAAAGCAGCAAGACUGCUCAUCGCAGACGAAUUGGCUGGUUCAAAGAACCAGUCUAUAUAUGCAUAUGUGAAUGCAAUGGGGAUGAAUGCGAUGAGACUAGCGGAUGAUAAGACUCUAUUUCCUAUCAGGAGUCAGUCAAUACACAUCAAAGGCGAAGCUCACAAGAUUGCGGACCGGAUAGACGCGAACGGCAUCUACUACGCCAUUCCAAGGGUUGGCGAGGGUGUUACAGUUCUAGGAGGAUUUAUGGAGGCUGGGAAUUGGAACGCAACAGUCAACCCUGAGAUUAACCGAAAGAUUCUUAAAGGUUGCAAACAGCUAAUACCAGAAUGUCUGGAUGAAAAUGGCGAGUUCACGAUUCUGAAAGAGUAUGUCGGUCUAAGGCCGCAUAGAAAGGCAGGACCAAGAGUAGAGAUAGAGCAACUCAAAGACAAGGCGGAAUUCGGGGAGAGCAUCGUGGUGCACAACUAUGGACACGGUCCAGGCGGAUUUUUUAAGUCAGUGGGUGCAUCGAGAAAGGUUGUACGACUCCUGAAUAGCUUCGCAUCAGGGACCUUAUCUGAAGCAGACGCUGAGACGUCGAGUUCAUCCUCGAAGGAACAGGAGGUAUUCGAAGGGUUCUAUCGCCAGGGUGGUGACUCAAAGAAAGAAGAUGUCUAAGACGAGGUUAAUGUUACUAGCUCCUGGCGUUAUGCCACCAGGCAUCGCAAGUCACAUGUAAGAAUAUAGUAGCGGGUCUGCGAGAUAAGGUAUCCAAAUAGCCUCCCAUGCCGGAAUACAGAUCGCUUCUUGACCAUGCGUUGAAACCGAUACUUUC